AUGUCAGACAUGGCCAUGGAUACCAGCUCAGAGGUCACCACCAAGGACUUGAAGAAGAAGAAGAAGAAGAAGGAAGCUGUGGAGGUGGCAGAGAAUGGAAGAGAUACACCAGCUAAGGGGAACACUAAUGAGGAAAAUGGGGAGCAGGAGUCUGACAAUGAAGAUGAAGAGGAAGAAGGAGGGGAUGAGGGAGAAGAGGAUGGAGGUGGUGAAGAUGAGGGUAGACAUGAAGAUGAGGAGGCUGGGGCACCUACAGGCAAACAGGCAGCUGAAGAUGAUAAGGAUGAUGAUGUUGACACCAUGAAGCAGAAGACCAAUGAUGAUGAGACAGCGAAAAAGGAAAAGUUAAACUUUGAAAAAAGGCCACCAUGA